CUUUCAGAGCUGAUUGGUUAAAGGCAGAGCAUUUGGGUGUGGAUCAGUAGGCUGACGGUCCCAUAAAUACCACCAGUGAGGAACAAGAUCUUCAUCGAACAGGUUCAAUCAGCAGUCAUGAGGUCUUUGGUGUUCCUGGUGCUCCUUGGAGCUGCCUUUGCUCUGGAUGAUGACAAGAUUGUUGGUGGAUAUGAGUGCACACCCUACUCCCAGCCCUGGCAGGUGUCUCUGAACUCUGGCUACCACUUCUGCGGUGGCUCUCUGGUCAGCGAGUACUGGGUUGUGUCUGCUGCUCACUGCUACAAGUCACGUGUGGAGGUUCGUUUGGGUGAGCACAACAUCGUAGUAACCGAGGGAUCUGAGCAGUUCAUCUCUUCCGAGAAGGUCAUCCGCCAUCCCAGCUAUGACUCCUGGACCAUUGACAGUGACAUCAUGCUGAUCAAGCUUAGCAAGCCCGCUACCCUCAAUCAGUACGUGCAGACUGUGUCUCUGCCCAGUGGCUGUGCCGCCUCUGGCACCAUGUGCAGAGUCUCUGGCUGGGGAAACACCAUGAGUUCCACUGCUGAUUCCAACAAGCUUCAGUGUCUGGAGAUCCCCAUCCUGUCCGACAGCGACUGUAACAAGUCUUACCCUGGUAUGAUCACCGAUACCAUGUUCUGUGCUGGAUACCUGGAGGGAGGAAAGGACUCUUGCCAGGGUGACUCUGGUGGCCCUGUGGUGUGUAACGGUCAGCUGCAGGGUAUUGUGUCCUGGGGUUAUGGCUGUGCUGAGAAGAAUCAUCCUGGUGUCUAUGGCAAGGUCUGCAUGUUCAGCCAGUGGAUCGCCGAUACCAUGAGAAACAACUAAAGCUGAUACAUACAGCCUCCAAAUCUGCAAUCCAUCCGUUUUUAUUUGUUUUGGAGAUAAAAAAACCUGUGCAAAAAUAAAAGCAUUUAAAAUA